UGGCAAUAUCGCGAGAUUCAAGGGUGGGGACAUUGGACAUGUGUCCUCUGUCCGCAUUAUCAUAUGCUAGGACUUUCGAUUUCUUUGUUACUGCGAACGAGCGAGCGAGAGAGAGAGAGAGAAGCGCUUAGUUUAAUUUUGUUUCUUUCUUGAUUUGAAUCGAGGUCUUCCUCCCGAGUCCGUUGGGGGCUCAUCGGAUCGAAGAACGCGAUUUGUUUCUUGCACAACUGAUGGCGAGGAGACCGGAUGAGGAGUACGAUUACUUAUUCAAGGUCGUAUUAAUCGGAGAUUCUGGCGUUGGGAAGUCCAAUCUUCUCUCCAGAUUCACCAGAAAUGAGUUCUGUCUGGAAUCUAAAUCCACAAUCGGUGUUGAAUUCGCUACUCGGACCGUUCAGGUUGAGGGCAAGACAAUAAAAGCACAGAUAUGGGACACAGCUGGACAGGAGCGUUACAGAGCAAUUACCAGUGCUUACUACAGAGGUGCUCUUGGGGCUCUUCUCGUGUAUGAUGUAACAAAACCAACGACCUAUGAAAAUGUGAGUCGGUGGUUGAAGGAGUUGCGUGAUCAUGCCGAUUCUAAUAUUGUGAUUAUGCUCAUUGGGAACAAGACUGAUCUGAAGCAUCUGCGUGGCGUUGCAACUGAGGAUGCUCAAAGCUUUGCUGAAAAGGAAGGCCUUUCCUUCAUCGAGACCUCUGCACUGGAAGCAACUAAUGUUGAAAAAGCUUUCCAGACUAUUCUGGGAGAAAUAUAUCGAAUAAUCAGUAAGAAAUCUCUGUCUUCAGAGGAGCCUGCACCUGCUAACAUUAAAGAAGGGAAGACAAUUGUUGUCUCUGGAUCAGAUGCAAACACUAAGAAGGCAUGCUGCUCUUCAUCUUAGAGGUGAUUCUUUAUGGGUUCCUAUUUCUGAUGAGUUUAUAUUUUUGAACCAAGUUGUGUCCUUUGUCGUUGGGAUUGCAUCAGGUAUUUUACAGCUUUUAUUGGACCUGAGUGUUAUUUCUUUUUUGUUGUUUCAGUAAUGGGUAGGAAAAUUCUUAUUGUAAUUUGUAGUAAAUGCUCAAAAAGGAUUACUUGAUCUUGAUUCUAGACCUGUUUUACGUGCA